AUGGCUCCUCACGCUUCCGCCAAGAAACGCGCUGCCGCCGACUCUGAUAGCGAACCUGAGAUCGCGACCAAGAGAGUCAAGAAUGCUGCGGCCUCUGUUGAGUCCGAUGGCAAGGACGGUGAUGGUAACCCGUUCUGGGAGCUAUCCAACAAGCGCCGUGUUGGCCUUUCGGAUUUCAAUAAAUCGACGUUUGUCAACAUUCGCGAGUACUACGAAAAGGAUGGAAAGACCCUGCCUGGCAAAAAGGGCAUCUCGCUCAGUGUGGAGCAGUACAAUGCCUUCUUGAAGGCCGUACCUCGCAUCAAUGCUGCUUUGCGCGCCAAGGGUCUCGUUGUUGAAGGCGACAACGAUGAAGAGCUUGAGGCCGCUCUGGAGGCUGCCCCCAAAGCCAAGAAGGGGCGCAAGAAGUCUCCAAAGGCUAACAUCGACACGACCAGCGAAGAGGAGAACUAA